AUGUCCUGCUCGUGGCUAUGGUUAAUAGUCUAUCUAUUUUUUAUUUUUAUUACUUCGAUUCAAUCACGUUAUAUACGUCUACCAUCUGUUAAUUGUAGUGAAUUAUCUCCCAUAGGUACACCAAUCACACAAUUAUUAAAUAUUUUACCAUCAUCAAAUUGGGGUUUUACAUUUUUAACUCGAACAUCCGUUAUAUCCUAUUUCUUGUUAGAUGAUAUUAAAGGUACAAUAACAGUUAAACGUCCACUUGAUCGUGAAGAUCUUUGUCGUUUAGGUAUAUGUUCAUGUUUCAAUGAAUGUAUACUUAAACUUGAAAUCAAUGCUCUUAGUGAUAUCUAUACACAUAUAAUCUAUGUACCAAUAUUAAUUCUUGAUGAAAAUGAUAAUUUUUGUUAUUUUUCAAAUGAUAUUUAUUAUUUAAAUAUAAGUGAAAGUGUACGUUUAAAUACACGAAUUAUUUUACCUAUAGCACAUGAUCCUGAUCAAACACCAAAUAAUGUUCAAUCCUAUUCAAUUGUAUCAAAUAAUUAUACGGAAUUUCGUCUUGAUUAUCAAAUACGACCAUCUUUAAUUAUUAUUGAACCAUUAGAUAGAGAAUUACAUGAUAAAUAUUUAUUUAAUUUUUGUGCUUAUGAAGGUAUUGAUAAUCAAAAACGAUCAUGUUGUACAAAAAUUCUUCUAACUAUAACUGAUAUUAAUGAUAAUUCACCGAUAUUUCAACAUAAUCAACAAACACCAUUAAUUAUUAAAAUAUCCGAAUUAAGUCCAAUUCAUACUGAACUUAUUCAAAUGAAAGCUUUUGAUCCAGAUGAUGGCCUAAAUGGACAAAUAAAAUAUACAUUUUCAAAAUGGACACAAAAUGAUGUUACAAUUAAUAAAAUAUUUCAUUUAAAUUCUCAAAAUGGUUCAAUAACAUUAUUAAAACAAUUAGAUUAUGAAGAAAGAAAUAAUUAUGAAUUACAAAUACAAGCAAAAGAUUUAGGAUUAAAUGCGAUUCCAACAUAUGCAACAGUUAUUGUUGAGGUUAUUGAUGAAAAUGAUUGGCCACCUGAAUUAUUUACAUUUACACCAGCUGAUGUUCAAUUGAUAAAUAAUUCGAUAAUCUAUAUAUUAGAAAAUAUUUCAGUUGGUACUCCAAUAUUAUAUCUAACGGUUUCGGAUCGUGAUAGUGGUGAAAAUGGCCGUGUAUCAAUUGAAUUAAUACCAUCAAUGAAUCAAACAUCUGUUGUACAAUUAGAAAAAGUUUCUGAUAAUACAUAUGCUUUAAAAACAAUCAUACAACUUGAUCGUGAACAAAAUUCUUACUAUUCAUUUACAUUAUUCGUAUAUGAUCAUGGUGAACCUAAACAAUCGAUUAGAAAUCUAUUUGAAUUACAUUUAAUUGAUGUUAAUGAUUGUUCACCAAUAUUUGAUAAUUCAACAAAUUAUUCAUUUUAUAUCAAUGAAAAUAACAAAGAAAAUUUUCCUAUUCAUACAAUAAAAGUAGAUGAUUUCGAUGAACAUGAUCAUGUUACUCUUCAACUUAAAUUUGAUUCUGAACAGAAUUAUAAUGAUCUCUUCAAGCUAAAUGAACAAAAUCAAUUAAUUAUUUUAAAAAGUCUUGAUUAUGAACAACAAUCAUUAUAUCAAUUUUCAAUACAAGCUGAAGAUACAUUCGGACAUCAGACUUCAAUUUCAAUAUUAAUUCAUGUCAAUGAUUUAAAUGAUAAUCCAGUUCAGUUUCUUACAAAUUUUACGCAAUUUCAAAUCGAAGAAAAUCAAAAUAAUCAAACCUAUCUUGGUCAUAUUCAAGCAGAAGAUAAAGAUAAAAAUACGACAGUUAUUUAUACAAUCGAUUCAAAUGAUAAUAAACAAAUAACUAAUUUUAUUGAAUUAAAAUCGAAUGGAAAUUUAUAUACAAAAAUAAGUUUUGAUCGUGAACAAUUAAAUAGAUUACAAUUUUAUAUUAUUGCGAAUGAUUCAUAUUAUACCGAUAAAAUUUUAAUAGAAAUAUUAAUACUUGAUCAAAAUGAUAAUAAACCAAUAUUAAAAAGUAAAUCUCCAUAUUGUUAUAUUUAUAAUACAACAAAUAGUAAUCAAACAAUUGAAAUACAAUUAGAUGGUUAUGAUCCAGAUGAAAAUGAAAAUGGAAAUAUCAUAUAUUCAUUAAAAAAUCCGUCAUCAAAAGGUAUAAGAAUUCUUUCAAAUGGUUUAUUAAUAAUUGAACCAAUAUUUCAAGAAUAUAAAUUUGAUAUUUAUUUAACUGAUCGAGGAAAAUUCAAAAGUUUAUCAUCAUCCUAUGAAAAUUUUAUUGUUUAUAUUGUUUAUGAUGAAUUUGAAUGUCAAAAUUAUUCAUUAAUAUCAUCAUUAGAACUUGAUCAACGAACAUUUAUUUAUUUUCUUUCAAUUAUUCUUAUUAGUUUAGCAUGUUUUAUAAUAAUUAUCCUUUUUAUUUGUUGUUGUAUUUAUUAUCGACAACGACAAAUAAGAUUAAAAUCUUCAAAUAAUAAACCAAUAACAAAUUUAACACCAUCAUUUUCAUCAUCAUUGAAUGAUGAUGCUGAGAAUGAUACAUUAUUAAUAUCAUCACCAUCACCACAAUUUACAGCUAUGACAACAAUAUCAACAUCAACAACGACAACAAAUGAUUCAAAUCGUUUAACAACAUUUACAGAUCGUUUAUCAAAUAAUAAAUCAUCAUCGUUAUCAAGUUCAUCAUCAUCAACUUAUGUUAAAAUGAGUCGAUCAUUUGAAGAUGAAAUACUUUGA